AUGAUGAUGAUGGGAGGAAACAACCAGAUCACUACACAAAACGAGGGUGGUGGUUCCAACAACGGUGGCGGAGAAGGUGGUAUAAUGUUGAAAAAGGGGCCGUGGACGGCUGCGGAAGAUGCAGUGUUGGCGGAUUACGUGAGGACUCAUGGUGAAGGGAACUGGAAUGCAGUACAAAAGAAUACAGGAUUGGCACGUUGUGGGAAGAGUUGUAGGCUAAGAUGGGCUAACCAUUUAAGACCUAACUUGAAAAAAGGUGCCUUUUCACCUGAAGAAGAAAGGAUUAUUGUUGAGUUGCAUGCUAAAAUGGGUAACAAAUGGGCUCGCAUGGCAACUCAGCUUCCGGGAAGAACAGAUAAUGAAAUCAAGAACUAUUGGAACACAAGAGUGAAGAGAAGGCAACGCCAAGGCCUCCCACUUUACCCUCCUGAAAUCCAACCUCUCUAUUCCCAACACCAACGAAACCAGCACCGAUCACUGCCGUCGACACCUCUCCCGUCCCCAACAGCCACGUCAACGUCUUCCUUCUCCUUCCAAACACCGCCAAACCCGUCGUCCUCGACAACUCUCCACGGCUCGAUCUUAACACCAGCACACCCUCUCCAUAUCCCACGUUCAGCAUCAUCCCACGUUCUGUACAACCCACAAACCCCACCACCUCUUCAUAGUGCAAGUGCAGUUUCAACACCAUGUCCAUCCCCACUUCCAAGUUCUUCCCCUUCAACACCAACCCCUGUGUCUCCACUUCAAUCUCCCCAUAAGCCUGCAUUUUCAACUCUCCCUCUCUUUGAUUCUUCAACAUCAAACACUUGUAAUAAUAACAUCAACACUAAUAAUGCUAUUCUUCAAUCUCCUUCUGAUUUCUUUUUCCCUAGAGCAACCCCUCCUCUUCAGACACCAAUGCGUUAUAAGCGCUUUAGACCUGAUGUAAGUGAAAGUAUCAACAAUGAAAGACAUAAUAACAGUAUUUCUGUCAAUGGCGGCUGUAGCAGUACCAGUUCCAGCUUUAUGUCACAGUAUCCUCCCUUUCAGAAAACAUCUUUUUUCAAUUCCCAUGCUGCACCAAAUGUUACUACUAGUACGCCAUUGACAUCCCCACACUACUCCCCUUCAUAUACCUUGGAUCCAGUCACACUUGAUCUUGCUUCAUCUUCAAGGAUCCUCGCUGAUCAUCAGAAUUUCGAUAACGGUCAGUUUAUAUCGACUCCGGGAUUCGAUUACACGUCAAAAACCGACGAUCUCCCUUCGAACCAAUUCUUGUCCUUAGAUGGGACUUCAGAAGUUACAUUUGAUACUAAAGGGAAUUGUAACUAUAUCAGUAAUGAUCAAAACAACCACCACCAUUUGAGUAUCCAUUUUGGUGGGGGUGGCUUGUUGGAUGAUAUGCUGGAAGAGGCUCAACUGUUGGCCGGCGACAACGACAUUCUGCGGCGGGAGAGUUGUUUGGACGGAUUCAAUACAAGCUCUGAUGGUUUAACUUCAGGAAAAGAAGAAACAGUGACAGAUCAAGAGAUCAACGCUACACAAGAAGAAUACUCUCGGCUACUCAAUGCAAUUCCUUCAUCGAUGCCCAUGCCCGAUUGGUACAACAAUUGUGGGAAAUGAGACCACAUAUUGUUCAUAAAACACUAUAUAUAUACAUG